AUCUCGGAGUGGCCAGGCCGGUGUAGGCAGCUCGCUGCUGGCGCCGCGCGAUCGUCAUCGGUCUUCCUUUCGCUCCUCCUGUCCGGCAACAUGCGCAACCACAUGUGUCACCUGCCUAACGGGCAGUCCUUCACUGUCUCCCCCGUCUUCGGUGGUUUCACCUUCAAGUCCAACGAUGUAAAUCCAAGUCAUUCCAUCGUCCCUCCUGGCUGGAACAUUGUCCUUUCGACCAACCGCCCGGAGGCUGACAUGGACUGCCCCGAUGAGGAUCGUGGUCGAGCUCGCGAUGAUGAGCACCGCGCCCGUGUCACCCGAUUCACUGCACCCACCCUGCGCGACGACUUCCUCUACAUCUCCUACAUCGUCGAUCCUCCCAGCAGCGACUACAAGCCCGCCAGCUCGCCCACCCGCCAGAUUGCCAUGAUGCUGUGGGUCACCCUGUGGUGGUACUUCCACGAGCCCCAGCCCGACAGCCGCCUGCAGACUGAUGCCUCCACCAAUACCCCGGCGGCUGGGCAGCCCAAAGGCGACUGGCGUGUAUACAUUAAGCGGGAAGGCUUCUUCAAGGGCCGCACUUUGCUCCAGAAGCUCGAGCGCAUGGGUCUCAUCGCCUCCGAGGACUCCUCGGUGGGUGCUGAGCCCUACGACCCACAGGCCUGGGCGAACAUGUUCAUCAGUCGCCGCAGCUUCUGGCAGAUCGAUCCCCGUCUGUUUGUCUUCACACUCAGCCCACAGUCCAUCCCCCAGGCCGUGUCUGGCUCUCCUUUCAUCCAGCGCGUGGCCUCGCCCUCGCGUGACAGCUUCAACCUCAGCCACACCGCCGGUCAGGAAGUCGCCCACUACAUCCCCAACGAGGGGCCCUUUGCCUCUACCAGCCAUCUCCCCACGUACUUUCCCCCAGCCCCGACCCAAUAUACCUUCACCAACGGCAUCCGUCACCCCAUACGCCCCAAGCCCCCACACCAGGGCGACGUCUUUUACAUCCGCUACAUCCCCAGCGUGCAGCAAUACCUCUCCUUCCGAGUCCCUUAUCUACCAUCCGUCAGCAGACCCCUGGCAUCAGGCCCUGGGACUCACACCCCGAGCCACACCCCAAAUCUCUCGACCAGCAGCCUCGACCAGCCCCUGUCUGCGGGACCAUCGGAUCUGGACCUUCUCCACAAGUGGAUGAACGACCCCCGCGUCAAUGCCAGUUGGGGCGAAGCCGGUCCGAUCGAACACCAGGAGAAGUUCCUCCGCACAAACCUCAACAGUAAGCACAGUUUCCCAGUGAUUGGCUGCUGGGAUGGUAAGCCUUUUGGCUAUUUCGAGCUCUACUGGGUGAAGGAAGACCGAUUGGGGCCCUUGAUCGGCGGGGCCGACAACUACGACCGGGGGAUUCACCUCUUGAUUGGGGAACAGGAAUUUCGUGGGGCACAUCGUGUGCCGCUCUGGUUGAGCGCACUGGUGCAUUAUUGCUGGCUGGCAGAUUCGCGGACCCAGACGGUGAUGUUGGAACCCCGGGUGGAUAACGUGAAAUUGAUCACCUACCUCCAAGAGUCGGGCUUCUACAAAGAAGGCGAGGUCACCUUCCCGCAUAAACAAUCCGCCCUGAUGAAGAUCAAGCGCGAUGCAUGGGAGUGUCCUGCUGUAUAGCUCCCUCACCCUUGCAUGUCUGGUAUCGAUAAUGGGUGGCUAGGUGAGAUCUCUUGGAGUCAUUGGUCAGUUAGCAAACUGUGCAGGGACAGGAGAAGUGCAUAUGAUACUACUCUCACCAGCACCGACCGCCCAAAACCCCUAACAGGAGCCCCCUGCUCUGAGGACUUACAACGCUGGGGACCCCAUCUCAAAUCCUCCCUUGAUCCCAUUGAACCCCCUAGAGCAGGAUCACAGAUGUGGCAGGCCCGAUAGCGGACGCUCGCCGCCUCGCGUCACAAUCAGGAAUGCGGAUCUUGGCAUUCUGUUCCUGUUGAGGGAUCCGAUUC